AUGGUGCAAACCCUCCUCCAGGGUCUCUUUGUUUGCGCUACGACGUGGCUUCUGUGGAAGGCCUUCCGCAAGUUCGUGGUCAAGAGUGACCUCGAUAACCUGCCCGGCCCGCCAUCCCCAUCCUUCAUGUACGGCCACGUCCGGGAGUUGUACAACAAACAGACAGGGUUCAAAUAUCACCGCAGCCUGGGAGAGAAGUACGGCCCAGUCGUGCGCCUGCGCGGUCGGUUUGGGAGCAACCUAGUGUAUACGUUCGAUCCAAAGGCCAUGCAUAGUAUCGCCAUAAAGGACCAGGACAUCUUCCAGGAGGCGACGUGGUUCACCAAGGCCACGGGAAUUAUCUUUGGUCCUGGUCUCUUUGCUACUCUUGGCGACCACCACCGCAAGCAGCGUAAAAUGCUCAACCCCGUCUUCUCGGUCAACCAUAUGCGCAAUAUGUCCCCGAUCUUCUACGACAUCACACACAAGCUCAGGACCGCGAUACAGGACCGAGUCCGCGAGGGCCACCCCGCCGAAGUCAACAUUGUCUCCUGGAUGGGGCGCACCGCGCUCGAGCUCAUGGGCCAGGGCGGCCUGGGCUACUCCUUCGACCCGCUCAUCGCCGACGCCGGCGACGAGUACGGUAAAGCACUCAAGGACCUCAUGCCGACGCUUGCGCAGGUGCGCGGGUUACACCACCACGUCCCGCUAUUCCAGAAGAUCGUGCCCAAGGGCUGGCGCCGAGCCGUCGCGGAGCUCAUUCCUGCCCCGCCGCUGCAGAGGAUAAUACAAAUUGCGGACACGAUGAGGAUACGCUCGACCGAGAUAUUCGAGGCGAAGAAAAAGGCACUGCUUGCUGGCGACGACGCGCUCAAGCACCAGAUCGGCGAGGGGAGAGACCUGAUUAGCGUUUUGCUGAGGGAGAACAUGGCGGCGGCUGAGGAGGACAAGCUGCCCGAGGAGGAGCUGAUUGGCCAGAUGUCGACCAUGACAUUCGCCGCCAUGGACUCAACCUCCAACGCGCUAUCUCUGACGUUGUGGCGCCUCGCUCAACACCCCGAGAGACAGGAUGCGUUGCGCAAGGAAAUCCUUGAAGCAAAGGAAGCACAUGGCGGCGGCGACAUUGGAUACGACGAGCUGGUAGCGCUGCCGUACCUGGACGCUGUAUGCCGCGAGACGCUGCGGGUCCACACCCCUGCACCCUUCCGUUUCCGCGAGACGAACCGAGACGUCAUCCUCCCUCUCUCGGAGCCCGUGCGCGGCAAAGACGGUCGGAUGAUGCAUGAGCUCCACAUCCCGAAGAACACCUCCGUGUUUGUCGGCAUCAACGCGUCGAACACGAACCCCGCGCUCUGGGGCCCGGACGCGUACGAGUGGAAGCCCGAGCGCUGGCUGGAGCCACUUCCGGAGACGGUUCUGAAUGCGAGGAUCCCUGGUGUAUAUGCCAAUCUGAUGACGUUCUGGGGCGGCGGCCGGUCUUGCGUCGGCUUCAAGUUUUCGCAGCUCGAAAUGAAGGUCGUCCUGGCGGUGCUCCUCUCGACCUUCACUUUCGAGCUCACGGAGAAGCCCAUCUACUGGAACAUGGCCACCGUGCAGUAUCCCUCCACGGAUCCGCACGGGGCGCACCCCGAGCUUCCGAUGAAAGUUGGAUUGUUGAGGCGCGACUCCGUGCGCGCUUGA